AGGGGCGCAGGGGGGGGUUGGCCGCGGCGUCCCGAGGCCGGCCCCCCCGGAGUGACUGCCGCCACCAUGGCGGACGGGGCACCCCGGCCCCCACUGUAUCGCAGCGUCUCGUUUAAACUGCUGGAGCGCUGGAGCGGCGGGCCCGGGCCGAGGGAGGAGACCGCGGACACCCCCGGGCUGCGGCGCCGAGCUUCGUGCCGGCCAGCCGCGGCAGCCCCGGGCCAGCCCUCCCGGCGCGUGUCCAAGCUGGCGUCGGGGCCCCCGGCCGCCCCCGCGCAGCCGCGCCCGCUCCGCAGCCUCUCGCCGUCCGUGCGCCAGCUCUCCCGGCGUUUCGCCGCGGCGCGUCUGGAGGACGACGCCGCCGGCGCCCGCGACGGCCGCUGCUCGCCCGGCUCCACCGAAGAAGCGACGGAGGGCGCCGAGCGCGGUGCCUGGCCCAGCGUCACCGAGAUGCGCAAGCUCUUCGGCGGCCCGAGCUCCCGGCGACCCAGCGUGGACUCGGAGGCCCCGGGGACGACCAGCCCCGACGGGGCUUCGUGGGAGCCCCCGCUUCGCGAGCCCCGGCAGCCUCCGACGCCACCUCCGCGAACGUGCUUCCCGCUGGCCGGCCUGCGUUCGGCGCGGCCGCUGUCCGGGCCGGGGGCCGAGGGGAGGCGGCGUCGGCAGCACCAACAACAGGAGCGGGCGCAGCGUCCGGCGGAUGGUUUACAUUCUUGGCAUAGCUUCUCCCAACCGCAGGCAGGGGCCCGGGCCUCCUCCUCCUCCUCCUCCGUUGCCUCCUCCUAUCCUGUCAGCCGGGCUCCCAGUUCCAGCGAGGAGGAAGAGGAGGGACCGCGGCCGCAACUUGGGCCUCAGAGCCCGGCCUACCUCGGCGGCCACUCUUCCGGCAGUGACGAGGACCCAGACGGUGAGGAUGGCCGUCGGUGGCGAGGGAGAGGGCUCAGGCCCGAAAGCUCUCCGCUGGUUCACGGCUGCAGCCAGGACAGUGACGAGCUAAAUCCGGGGACCUCGGGAUCAGCAGGGGGUGUCAGGAGCCCCGAACCUCCCCCGUCUCCAAGAACCUCUAUAGAGGAGGGACUCCGAGAGUUGGGUGCUGGCACGCAGCCUGGCGUCCCAGGUCCCCAGGAGAGCUUAAGGCCAAUGUCCGACACUGGGGGGGCACCUUUCCGCGUGGCCAAGGUGAGCUUUCCCGCCUACCUGGCCAGCCCGGCUGGCUCGAGAGGCAGUAGCCGCUAUUCCAGCACUGAGACCCUCAAGGAUGACGAUAUGUGGUCCAGCCGCAGUUCUGUGAGCUGGGGUGUAUAUCGCUCCCCAAGUUUUGGAACCGGAGAUGGGCUCCUUCUGCGGCCGCAGACUAGGUCCCGCGCUAAGGGACCUGUAGGCACCACUAGGCCGCCGAGGGACGGAGGGUUGGAGCUAGACAGGAACCGGCAGCGAAAGUCGCUGUCGAAUCCAGACAUCGCUUCCGAGACCCUGACGCUGCUCAGUUUCCUGCGCUCAGACCUUUCCGAGCUGAGGGUCCGAAAGCCCAGCGGGGGCCCAGGGAACAGCCCCCUAGAUGGCAGAGCUUCACCGUCAGCAGGUAGCCCCAUGGAGCAACCUGAGUCCAUCCUGUCCCAGAGUCCAGCAUCACCCACCACCCGACCCACCCUCAAGGACCUGACAGCUACCCUGCGCAGGGCCAAGUCAUUCAGCUGCUCAGAGAAGCCCAUGGCCCGGCGCCUGCUCCGCACCAGUGCCUUGAAACCCAGCUCCUCUGAGCUGCUCCUGGCAGGUUCUGGCACAGAGGAGGAUCCGUUGCCACUCGUGGUCCAGGAUCAGUAUGUGCAGGAAGCCCGUCAGGUUUUUGAAAAGAUACAGCGUAUGGGUGCACAGCAGGACGAUGGCAGUGAAGUCCGCCCUAGAAGCCCCGACUGGGCCGGGGACAUGACCCAGGGGCAGCGGUCUCAGGAGGAGCUCUCUGGGCCUGAGUCCAGCCUGACAGAUGAGGGCAUUGGGGCAGACCCUGAGCCUCUUGGUGCUGCCUUUUGCAGCCUAGAUCCUGGAGGGGUGUGGCGACCCCUUUCCUCAACCUCAGCUCAGACAAACCACCACCGAGGGGCUGGGACAGAAGACAGUCUGGGUGGGAGGGUCCUUGUGUGUCCCGAGACCCCUCUAACUCCAGGAGCCCUCCGCAGGAGACGCAAAGCCGCACCCUCAGGCCCUAGUGGAACUGAACUAAGCAACGGGGAGGCGAGUGAGGCCUACAGAUCCCUGAGUGACCCUAUUCCACAGCGCCAUAGGGCUGCCUCCUCCGACGAGCCCUCCGGGUUCUCUGUGGACAGCAAUCUUCUGGGCUCGCUGAACUCUAAGACAGGGCUUCCAGGGACCCCAACUAUGGAUGAGGGCCUGACCAGCGGCCACAGUGACUGGUCUGUGGCUAGCGAAGAGAACAAGGACUACCAAGAAGUCAUUCAGAGUAUAGUUCAGGGGCCUGGUGCCUUGGGGCGUAUGGGAGAAGACAGAGUUGCUGGCAAGACCCCUAAGAAGAAAUCUCUGAGUGACCCUAGUCGCCGUGGGGAGUUAGCUGGGCCUGGAUUUGAGGGCCCGGGAGGGGAGCCCAUUCGAGAGGUAGAACCCCUGCUGCCUCCAUCCAACAGUGAACCUAUCCUUGCAGAACAGUGGGCAAAGCCAGAAGACCCUGUCCCUGCCAGGGGCAGGGCACAGUCCGAGAGGGCUCUACCUGCCCCCUCCACUGCCCGCCAUGACUUCCAUCUUGACCCCAAGCUGGCAGAUGUUCUCUCCCCUCGCCUCACCCGCAGAGGUUCCAAGAAGCGCCCAGCCCGGAGCAGUCACCAGGAGCUUCGGAGAGAGGAGGGCAGCCAGGACCAGGCUGGUAGCCUGACACAAGUCCGCUCUUCCUCCAAACAUGUCCGCCAUGCCAGUGUCCCUGCCACCUUCACACCUAUUGUGCCCGAGCCUGGGACGCCUGUGGAACCCCCUGUGACGGUGCCAGAGCCUGUGGGCUUCCCUGCUAGAGGCCAUCCCACCCUGCAGGCCCCAUCGCUUGAGGAUGUCACUAAGCAGUACAUGCUGACCCUUCACUCUGCUGACGCCCCUGCCUCAGGUCCUGUGGACCUACCCUGCUUGCCUCCCUCUGCACCACCCUCUGCUGAGACCAAGCCCGCCGGGGCUGCCAAGGCCGCUCCAGAUGAGCCUGCCCCAGCGAGCAAGUGCUGUAGCAAGCCUCAAGUGGACAUGAGGAAGCACGUGACCAUGACCCUGCUGGACACAGAGCAGUCAUAUGUGGAGUCCCUGCGCACCCUAAUGCAGGGCUAUAUGCAGCCGCUGAAGCAGCCAGAGAACUCCUUGCUGUGCGACCCCUCUCUGGUGGACGAAGUCUUCGGCCAGAUCCCCGAGCUCCUGGAGCACCAUGAGCAGUUCCUGGAGCACGUGCGGCACUGCGUGCAGACGUGGCACGCCCAGCAGAAGGUGGGGGCUCUGCUCGUCCAGUCGUUCUCCAAAGACGUCUUGGUGAACAUCUACUCGGCCUACAUUGAUAACUUCCUCAAUGCGAAGGAUGCUGUGCGCGUAGCCAAGGAGGCGAGGCCAGCCUUUCUCAAGUUCUUGGAGCAAAGCAUGCGUGAGAACAAGGAAAAGCAGGCGCUGUCUGACCUCCUGAUCAAGCCUGUGCAGAGAAUCCCACGCUAUGAGCUUCUAGUCAAGGACCUGCUGAAGCACACACCGGAAGACCAUCCAGACCACCCCCUCCUGCUGGACGCCCAGCGGAACAUCAAGCAGGUGGCCGAGCGCAUCAACAAGGGCGUGCGGAGCGCCGAGGAGGCGGAGCGGCAUGCGCGUGUGCUGCAGGAGAUCGAGGCCCACAUCGAGGGCAUGGAGGAUCUCCAGGCUCCCCUGCGGCGGUUCCUGAGGCAGGAGAUGGUUGCUGAAGUGAAGGCAAUUGGAGGCAAGAAGGACCGAUCCCUCUUCCUGUUCACAGACCUGAUAGUCUGUACCACCCUGAAACGGAAGUCGGGCUCCCUCCGGCGCAGCUCCAUGAGCCUGUACACAGCCGCCAGCGUCAUCGAUACAGCCAGCAAGUACAAGCUGCUGUGGAAGCUGCCACUGGAAGACACAGACAUCAUCAAAGGGGCGUCACAAACUACCAAUCGGGAGAACAUCCAGAAGGCCAUCAGCCGCCUGGAUGAGGACCUGGCCACCCUGGGUCAAAUGAACAAGCUUUCUGAGAGCCUCGGCUUCCCCCACCAGAGUCUGGACGACGCACUGAGGGAUCUCUCUGCCGCCAUGCACCGGGACCUGUCAGAAAAGCAGGCGCUGUGCUACUCUCUUGCCUUCCCACCCACCAAGCUGGAGCUGUGUGCCACCCGGCCGGAGGGCACCGACUCCUUCAUCUUCGAGUUUCCCCACCCCGAUGCGCGCCUGGGCUUUGAGCAGGCCUUCGAUGAGGCCAAAAGGAAGCUGGCAUCCAGUAAAAGCUGUCUAGACCCCGAGUUCCUGAAGGCCAUCCCUAUCAUGAAAACCCGAAGCGGCAUGCAGUUCUCGUGCGCCGCCCCCACCCUCAGCGGCUGCCCAGAGCCGGCGCCGGAGGUGUGGGUGUGCAAUAGUGAUGGCUACGUGGGUCAGGUGUGCCUGCUGAGCCUGAGGGCCGAACCAGAUGUGGAGGCCUGUAUCGCCGUUUGCUCCGCCCGGAUUCUCUGCAUCGGAGCCGUGCCAGGCCUGCAGCCUCGAUGCCCUAGAGAGCAGCCAGAGCCCUCGAGGAGCCCGCGGGGGACCGCCCUGGAGUCCGCUGGGCCUGACCUGGAUGUCGAGGCCGCAGCCGACGAGGAAGCAGCAACACUGGCGGAGCCAGGGCCUCAGCCUUGCCUGCACAUAUCCAUCUCAGGGUCUGGCCUGGACAUGGAUCCAGGCCCCGCCAAGGGUGACCCCCAGCCCGAGCUGGUGCCCUUUGACAGUGACUCUGAUGAGGAAUCUUCACCCAGCCCCUCCGGGACACUGCAGAGCCAGGCCAGCCAGUCUACCAUUUCCUCCAGCUUUGGCAAUGAGGAGACCCCAAGCUCCAAGGAGGCCACUGCGGAGACAACCAGUUCUGAGGAAGAGCAAGAGCCUGGCUUCCUGUCACUGUCUGGCUCCUUUGGGCCAGGUGGGCCCUGUGGCUCCAGCCCCAUGGACGGAAGAGCCCUUCGCCGCUCCAGCCGUGGCUCCUUCACAAGGGGCAGCCUUGAGGACCUGUUGAGCGUGGACCCCGAGGCCUACCAGAGUUCCGUGUGGCUGGGCACUGAGGAUGGCUGUGUCCACGUCUACCAGUCCUCCGACAGCAUCCGUGACCGCAGGAACAGCAUGAAGCUCCAGCACGCAGCCUCCGUGACUUGCAUCCUGUAUCUGAAUGACCAGGUGUUUGUGUCUCUGGCCAAUGGAGAGCUUGUAGUCUACCAGAGGGAAGCGGGGCGCUUCUGGGACCCCCAGAACUUCAAAUCGAUGACCCUGGGUGCUCAGGGGAGCCCCAUCACCAAGAUGGUGUCUGUGGGUGGACGGCUAUGGUGUGGCUGCCAGAACCGGGUCCUUGUCCUGAGCCCUGAAACACUGCAGCUGGAGCACACCUUCCACAUAGGGCAGGACUCCAGCCGGAGCGUGGCUUGCAUGGCGGACUCCAGCCUGGGUGUGUGGGUGACCUUGAAAGGUAGCGCCCAUGUUUGUCUCUACCACCCAGACACCUUUGAGCAGCUGGCGGAGGUAGAUGUCACCCCUCCUGUGCACAGGAUGCUGGCAGGCUCCGACGCCAUCAUCCGGCAGCACAAGGCGGCCUGCCUGAGGAUCACAGCGCUGUUGGUUUGUGAGGAGCUGCUGUGGGUAGGCACCAGUGCUGGGGUGGUGCUCACCCUGCCCACCUCGCCGAGCACCGUCAGCUGCCCCCGGGCGCCUCUCAGCCCGGCCGGCCUGGGCCAGGGCCACACCGGCCACGUCCGCUUCCUGGCCGCAGUCCAGCUGCCCGACGGCUUCAACCUUCUCUGUUCAACCCCACCGCCGCCCCCAGACACAGGCCCCGAGAAGCUGCCAUCCCUGGAUCACCGGGACUCCCCUCGGCACCGAGGCCCCACCUCAGCCAAGCCGAAAAUGCUGGUCAUCAGCGGUGGUGACGGCUAUGAGGACUUCCGGCUCGGCGGCGGCGGUGGUGAGACGGUGGGCCGGGACGACAGCACGAACCACCUGCUCCUGUGGAGGGUGUGAGCCUGCCCCUGUGGCCCAGGACUCAGCUGUCGCUGCCCUCAGCCUGCCUGCCUCUCCCAGGCCACUCGCAGACCUUGAGCAGAGAGUCCACGCAGGGACCGCCGGCUAGGCCGAGGCCUCCCUUACCCACUGACUGCCCUAGUGCUCCCGUUUGGGACCAGGGUGAAGGUGUGGGGGCUGCCAGGACCUCUGUCCCUGAAGCUUCGACCAAAGACACAGCAGGGCCUGGACCCCACUGGGCUGGACCCCACGUGCAAUAUGUGGAGGGUUCUCUGGGGCAGUGGGAAGGUGGAGGGACAGCAGCCUUUCCUGUGUACAGUAUUUAUGUUACUGUUUAGACGAAUACUUUCCAAAGCACUUAUUUAUGCAGUGACCUGGGGCAGGACAUGAUGUGAGAAGUGACAGGAGGAUAAGAGCCUGUUCCUGCCUGAGAGGCCACCCUGGAAUCCCGGGUGUUCCGAGCUUUCCUGGAAGGACCAAUGCCCAUCCAUUACACACACACACACACACACACACACACACACACAGGCACUCAACACGCUCACACGCAUAUUCAGGGCACUAAGACACUGUCCUUUAACAGACUCCAGCCCUCCCUGACGGGCCCGCCCAUCCUAAUCCAGAAGCAAACUUUGCUCAUGUGCCCUCAGACAAGAUGACUGGAGGACCAUGAUUCUCUCACUGAGGAGCUUCCCGGGAUUUAGCAUGUCCAAAGUGUUGGUGGUACCUGAGGUUCCUUUCUGUGGGAACAUUGGUGGGUCUGGGACAGGGCUCUCAGGUCAGAGACAAGGGCCCUCACUCCUCACAGCUGGCUCAAGCCCCAGCUCCUGCCUCCCCAUGUCUUAUGCACUGGCACAAUGGUCACCUUGGGGGUGGACCUAUGAGUCCCCUUUCUCUGACCACUGAAUCCCUCUCUAAACACCCCACCCUGCCAGGGGUGGCCCCUUCGGGAAGGACACCCCUCCCCCUCCAGAGUUGAGGGGCGAGGCGUAGCCUUUUCAGCUGGGAAGGCUUCUACCUCUGGUAGUCUCUCCCUCACCACCAGGCUACAGGGAGCCACCUAACCCUCAGCCCUUGCUUCAGCUACAACUCCAAAGGUCUGGUUUCAGAUAGGGUUUGUCUCUUCUGUUUGAUUUUUUUCUUUGGGGUGGGUGGGUCAUUGAGGUCUUACAUUACAUUUCUCUUGCUACCAAACAGUCAUGUAUUAACUCUCCUCAGAUGAUGAAAUUUAAAGAGUCAAUAAAUAGAAACACCAAAUGAUGGCUCCCCCGCUGGCCUUGGGCAUAAAGGCCUACUGGCAGCCACCUCAGGGCUCUGUCUCCCCAAGGAUGAGGGCUUUCUGACUGACUCAUUUGGGCUAAGGGAGGAGGUAAAGAAGGGCGUUGGGGGGAUGGGGUUGGCGCUGACUUGCUGUGUUGUCAUGGGCAGGUCGCUGCAGCUGUCUGGGCUUCAGUCUUCUCAUUAGAAGAAGGAAGGAAUUUUGAAUGUUAGAAUCCCUACAAAUCAUAUGCAUAUCAAUAGUGUAUCAAUCAAGAGCUUCCACGUCAAGCCAGUCUAGGUUUAGGCUUGGACGUCUGAGGCAGACACGCUGCAGGCAAGGAGCCAGGGCAGAAGAGUUCCUAAGGCUUCUACGGAGCAGAACUAGAGCCAAGCUCUGGCUGGUUCUGGUACAAAGCGGUGUGCCAUUAAACUAGACUGCAGAGAAUGCAAAUGCCAGCAACAUGGCACCACUUUGAAAGGACACCAUGGUGUCCCCACGGGACUCGAGGCGCCCUCACAACAAAGGGCAGGUCUUAAAAUCCAGUUCAGUGGUUAAGAGCACUGACUGCUCUUCCAGAGGACCUGGGUUCAAUCCCCAGCAUCCUCAGCUCACAACCAUCUAACUCCCAACCCCAAGGGAUCAGAUGCCUUCUUCUGGCCUCCAGGGCCAGUGCGUGCACAUGGCCACAGACCUCCAUGCAGGCAAAAACAAAAAACAACACCCCUACA